ACCAGUUUUGUUUUUUUUUUUAUCCCGAGUUUAAUUAUUGUUAUACGAGUAAAAACGCACGCAAACGAAAAAUGCACUCACGUUUUUCGUCAUCAUCGCCGUCUUAUCGUACCUACGUCUUACACGGCUACAGCGAUUCGGACCAACAACCGGAAAAUAUAUAAUAUGAUUAUAAUAGCAAAAUUGUGGUAGGCAGGUACUCACUAAUUCUUAUUAAUAAUGUAAAAUAUACUGCGGUAUAAUGUUAAACUCAUCCAAGGAGAUGUAUGUGUUUUAUACCAACUACCACGUUUUCUACGUAUCUAUUCAUUGGCGGUUCGGACACGGUUUCUUUUUUCUUUUGAGUACCAUAUUUUCUCUGUAUUGUGGGCUUAGAUUAUACAUUUUUGGAAGCUAUUGGUUUUUGUGUUAAUGUCGGCAAUAUUUUAAACUCUUUAUACACACCCUCAUUGAAAACCGAGACGGCGCCUCACGACUGCUGUAAUUGUAUACGAUUCACCAUAUUCCGAAUUGUGCAUGACGGACGAGAACACAUCUGCAAUGCAGAAACUCUACGACUGUCGCCGUGUUCAAUCAGCUGUUGCCGUCGACUUGGAUAAAUUUAGAGGGCACCUGUACGUGCUGGAUAGCGGAUACGACAACUGUCAACCGAAAAUUAUCAUUUAUGACCUAAAGACUUACAAAUGUAUCCAAUUAGUAGAACUAGGUGGACUCAACGGAUCAGGACUAGCCAUGCUGGUGGUGGAUGCGAGACCGUUCAAAGGUGAGACGAGGGUGUAUAUAGGUGACACACACAGCGGACGUAUCGCGGUAUUGGACCCGGACCGAAACAUUUGGUACAUGGUCGCAUUGCACUCCCAGAAUUACGGUGCCGCAGUCAUACAGGACUACCGCAGACCAGAUGUCUACCCAGACGUUCCUGCAGAAUGUAUCGCUGUCUCUAAGCUACAGUCAUCUGUGUACUUGACGUCAACGCACUCGCAUGACUUGUACACGGCUUCGUUCAAGGAUCUUCGGAAUCUUACCUCUAAAGUCACGCCUAGCGUAAAAAACGGUGAUGUGCUUCCGGUUGGAUUGCGAGUGCGCUGGGAAGGCGUCAAGCUGGGCGUUUCGAGCGGACUGUACGCUGACAUACAGGGUGGUCUAAACUAUGUGUAUACCAGAGAUUUCGUGGCUGUCAGAUUGAGUUUGAUCGCUGGCGGCCCACCCAUCGCAGCAGAGAACCAUAAGGUGCUGUUGCAGUCGUACAAAUUGUUACCGGCGGUCACGAAGAUUUUCACGGACAACGCGAAUUAUCUGCAGGUGUGGGCUCUAAACGCCGUGCCCAACUCGAAAAACCGUCAUGUGGUCAAAAUAAAUACGCUUACGUUUUAAACGUCGUUAUUGACGAAUUCAAUAUAUUAUCCAUUAUAAGGGGAUACUUGGAGGAUUUGACGAUUUAAAUGAGCAAUAUUUCCGUCCCUUUAAGAUUCACUCUAUGUAAACAGGGAUGAU